AUGAUUAAUAAAUUGCAAGAUUAAAUUUAACAAUUCCAAACGAAAUAUGCCCUCAAACUUUACACAGAAUAACAUAUUGUAUUCAAUUUAUAUUAAUCUUUAGAUUGACAUUAAAUAAGCUAUAUCAUAAUUGUAAUAAGCUAAUACAUUAAUUAAAUAAGAUUCUUAAACUUUACAUAAACUUAAUAGAGAUAACAGAUAAAUGAUUAAAUAAUCACAUGAAUAGUUAACAUCAAAAAUUGAAACUGUUGAAAAAGAUUAAUAUAAAAUUUAUGAAUUUGAGAAAGAAGUUGAAAAAAUGAAGAAUAUAAUUUAAGAAUAAAAAUAAGGUAAAAUAAUAAAUAAUUAUUUUUUAGAUAAUGAAAUUAUUCAAAAUAAAGUAAAAUCAUUAGCUUAAUUAUUUUAAGAAUUGGAAGUUAAUAAUUCUAAGGUUGUUAGAUUUGAAAUACAUACAGCAUUUAAAAAGAUUGAUGAAGAAUUUGUUUAUUUUAAAAAUAGACAAUAAAGCUUCUAGGAUUAAUUAUAAGUGAUAAAGGAGCAGUUUUCAAAAUCUGAAUUAAGCUAAACUUAAUUUUAAAAUUUUGUAAAUGAAUAAUUUGAUGUAAUAUCUUCUGAAUUAGUUAAAAAGAAAUAACUUAUUAAAUCAAUGCUUAAAAAUAUUGCACUCCUUUAGCAAUAGUAAAUAUAUAAUCAAAUAAAUAAGGGAAAAAAAUUAAAUUUAAUCUGAUAUACCAAAUAAGGUGGCUAUUUUAUUAUCAAAAGUUUCAACUCUUGAAAAAACAUCCAAAAUAAGUUUUGAUCAAUUAAAAAGAAUCAUUGAUGUAAUUUAAGAAUUCUGUGAAACUUCUUAAAUUCCAUCUGACAAUAAAGAAAAAGAUCUUACAAAUUUAAUACUACUUUUAGAUAGAAGAAUAUUAGAAUAUGGAAAAUCAAUUUAAGAUCAACAAAUUCAAUCAGUAUAAAACAAUACAGUUAAAAUUAAUACUCCUAGAAUUUCAACAUCAGUAGAUUCACCAUUCAAAUUAGGUAAUUUAAAAUAGAAAAAAACUAAAUUUAGUAAAUUGUUAAAUAAGACAGUAUAUUAUGAUAGUAGAAGAGAUACAAUAAUUUGA